AUGAUCUCUGGGGUCAAUGCUGAAAUAUAUGAAAUUACUCAAUUCUUCAAACGGAAUUCUCAACCCUUUCUACAACGAAACCAUAACAUUAAGCCGGCUUUGAAGAGUUACAUUCGAAAUGCGGGGAGUUUCCUGUACUCGUGGGACCUGGAUGCUACAUAUUUGUUUGACGACCAACCUCAGCCGGACAAGUUGGGUGGAUUAAAACUUCAGUCCAAAAGUCAAUUUCAAACACUAUACGACUAUUGCAUUCGAGAAAAAGUGCCAGUUAUUGCACAUUUGUCUUAUAAGAAGCACUCUACUGAGUAUUUGUAUGAGUUCAAAGACUUGAUUGAGGAGUUACAACCAAGCUCGACAGUGAAAUUGAGUGUCGAAAUCUUAUUCCUGAAGUACAAGAACAAUUACGCNAUAAGAAGCACUCUACUGAGUAUUUGUAUGAGUUCAAAGACUUGA